UCGCUGUGCCGAAAGCUGGAGCAGCAGCCGCACUGCCAGUGCCGAACGACGAAAAUAUGCCACCAGCUAAAAAUGUAAUAAGGGUUUAAAGUAUAUUUGAAAAGAUUAGGCAGUGAGUAAAAAUUUAAAGAUAGCGCAUAUGCUGAAACAUUGCUUAUCAGUAUUUCCUUUAGAGCUAAGCUUAUUCUAAAAAUUCUCAGUGUUGUUUCUAAGCUUCGAAGCGAUAGUGGCGCAAAAGCUAUUGAAUAGAUUCGUAAUGAGUGUUAUUUUAUCAGUAGUCUUGCUCACACUGUGUGCACCAAUUGCUUAUGUUGGUUAUGUAGUUUACAAAAAAGGCAUCAAUAUAAAGGAGGUUCGUAUAAACAGCGUGGAUGACGCCAAGCGCCUGCUGACACCUCCAAGAACUGACCGACCAAUAAAGUAUCUACAAAAGGCUGCAUGAACUUAAAAUUAGUGGCACCUACAAACUAUACAAUUUUACACUUAUGUAUGAUUUGUGGAUAUGUUUUGUAACUAUCUAUCAUACAUACAUACAUAUGCCGGAAUAUUAGUUUAAACUUAGCAUGAUGUACAUUUGUAUGUUUAUAUACUUACGUUUUGCGGGCGUGCUUGUUGCACCCAGUGAAGUGCUUCCGCCGAAGAACGACAUCUUUACACACUAUGUAAUACGAUUUUUAUGAUUUUAUUAAAUAGCAAUGCAGUAAUUUUGUACUGGGACCA